AUGUCAGUUGAUCAGCGAGAGAAAGCCGAUAUUGCUGUGAUCGGCCUUGCCGUUAUGGGACAAAAUUUGAUUCUAAAUAUGUUGGAUAAAGGCUUUGUGGUUUGUGUGUACAAUCGAACUGUUUCUAAAGUGGAUAGUUUUUUAGCUAAUGAAGGAAAAGGCCUUCGAGUUAUUGGAGCACAUAGUUUAGAAGAUUUAGCGAAAGCAUUGAAAAAGCCACGACGUAUACUGUUGAUGGUGAAAGCAGGAUCUCCAGUAGACGCUAUGAUUACUAAUAUUUUGCGGUAUUUGGAGAAAGGUGACAUUAUAAUUGAUGGCGGGAAUAGUGAAUAUACGGAUACAAAUCGACGCUGCAUUGAACUUGAGCAGAAAGGAAUUCACUUUGUGGGUUGCGGUGUAAGUGGUGGGGAAGAAGGAGCACGCUAUGGGCCUUCAUUAAUGCCGGGUGGCUCACCAGAAGCCUGGGUGCAUAUAAAAGACAUAUUUCAGGGAAUAGCUGCAAAAGUGGAAAAAGAAUCAUGCUGUGAUUGGGUUGGUAAAAGUGGUGCAGGACACUUCGUGAAAAUGGUUCAUAACGGAAUUGAAUAUGGAGAUAUGCAGCUUAUUGCUGAAGCAUAUAAUUUGCUUAAAGAUGGAGCUGAUUUAACUCAUGAAGAAAUGGCAGAGGUGUUAGCUCAGUGGAACAAAGGUGCAUUGGAUUCUUAUCUAAUAGAAAUAACAAGUCACAUUCUCAAGUUUAAAGAUGAAAGUAGUCAAAUACUGUUGCCAAAAAUUAGAGAUGCUGCUGGACAGAAAGGGACUGGCAAAUGGACAGGAAUCGCAGCAUUGAAUUAUGGCGUACCACUCACUUUAAUUGGAGAAGCAGUUUUUGCUCGCUGCUUAUCAUCCUUGAAAGAAGAACGAGUUGCAGCAUCUAAAGUCUUGCCAGGACCUAACCCUGAUAAAAUUAGCAUAAUUGGGGCUCCGAAGACAUUUUGUGAACACAUAAGAAAGGCAUUAUAUGCAUCAAAAAUUAUAAGUUAUGCGCAAGGAUUCAUGCUUCUCGCUGAAGCAAAUAGAGUUUUCAAAUGGAAUUUGAAUUUCGGAGCUAUUGCGUUAAUGUGGCGAGGUGGUUGUAUUAUUCGGUCACGUUUUCUGGGUGAAAUCAAAAAAGCUUUCGAUAAGAAUCCUCAUCUUAGUAAUUUGUUAAUGGAUGAUUUCUUCUUAAACGCUGUCAAAGAAUGCCAGGAAUCUUGGCGCGUUGUUGCUGCCGCUGGUGUUUUGCUUGGUAUACCAACACCAGCCCUAUCUACUGCUCUUGCGUUUUAUGACGGUUUUCGACGAGAGGUAUUACCAGCAAAUCUUAUUCAGGCACAACGUGAUUAUUUCGGUGCUCAUAUGUACGAAUUAAUGGAUAAACCAGGUACCUUCGUACACACAAAUUGGACCGGAAGUGGUGGUAAUGUUACUUCUACUGCUUAUACUCAAUGA